AUGCUUAUUGCUAUAAUAUCUAGGGGGAAAGAUCAUAAGUUAUUAUAUUCCAGUUCUAGAAGAUUAAAUAAACUUAAAAAUAUACUUUUUUUGGUUCUCCUUAUUCCUAUAAUUAAUUUCAUGGAAGUAAAAAAAUAUUCUGGUCUUUAUAUAGAAGAUAAUACUAUUAAAUUACAAUAUUUGAUAAUAUUAGAUCGCUAA